GGAGUCCCGGCUCCCGCUGCGCACCGCUUCCAGUCAGCUUCUUCACCUCCCUCCUCUGCUCCAGUCCCGCUGGAUCUGAGCCCAUUUCAGGAGUUUCGAGAAAGCAACGCCUGCAAGUUCUGCUAGGUUCCUGAACUUAAAACUGCACGUCGCAGUUUCUCCCUCUCUUGCCCUAGUCAUGGAAGGGAUGGAGGACGCCGAGGCCGAUUGCUCCGUUGCAUUCGCAGAGGCUCAGAGAUGGGUGGAGGCUGUAACUGAGAAGACUUUUGAAACAAAGGAUUUUCGAGCCUCUCUAGAAAAUGGUGUUCUGUUGUGUGAUUUGAUUAAUAAGCUCAAACCUGGCAUCAUAAAGAAGAUUAAUAGACUGUCUACACCAAUAGCAGGUUUGGAUAACAUAAACGUUUUUUUGAAAGCUUGUGAACAGAUUGGAUUGAAAGAAGCCCAGCUUUUUCAUCCCGGGGAUCUACAGGAUUUAUCAAAUCGAGUCACUGUCAAGCAAGAAGAGACUGACAGGAGACUGAAAAAUGUUUUGAUAACUUUGUACUGGCUGGGAAGAAAAGCACAAAACAGCCCCUACUAUAAUGGUCCCCAUCUCAAUCUGAAAGCUUUUGAGACUCUGUUAGGACAAGCGUUGACUAAGGCACUUGAAGAUUCCAGCUGUCUGAAAAGAAGUGGCCGAGACAGUGGCUACGGUGAUAUCUGGUGUCCUGACAGAGGAGAAUUUCUUGCCCCUCCAGGUAGCCAUAGGAGGGAGGAUUCCUUUGAAAGCUUGGACUCCUUGGGGUCUAGAUCACUGACCAGCUGCUCUUCAGAUCUCACACUUAGAGGCGGGAAGGAAGGUUUCGAAAGUGACACAGAUUGGGAAUUUACCUUCAAAAUGCAGGAUUAUAACAAAGAUGAUAUGUCCUAUCGAAGGAUUUCAGCGAUUGAACCAAAGUCUGCUCUACCAUUCAACCGCUUCUUGCCUAACAAAAGUAAACAGCCAUCCUAUGUGCCAGCACCUCUGAGGAAGAAAAGACCAGACAAAAAUGAGGAUAACAGAAGAAGCUGGGCCAGCCCCGUCUACACAGAAACAGAUGGAACAUUUUCAAGUAACCAGAGGAGGACUUGGGGUCCCAAGAUGGAGCGCUGGCACACAAUCCAAGAAACUUCAACCUCCUCUUGUUAUCUGGAAGAGGAGGAAGCAAAGAUAACGCGCAUCCCCAACCUUGUGAAGGAUGAUCUCUAUGUGAGAAAGCUCAGCCCUGUCAUGCCAAGCCCAGGGGGCUCUUUUGAUCAGUUUCUUCCCAAAUGCUGGACCCCAGAAGAUAUGAACUGGAAAAAAAUAAAGAGAGAGACUUAUAAGCCAUGGUAUAAGGAAUUCCAGGGAUUCAGAAGGAAUUCUGACUCUGAGGACGAGGACUCAGGCUCUCUCAGAAGCACCACGAUUUUUAGUAGGCUAGAAAAGGCAGAGCGUAGGUUAGCCAGCAACUACCAAAGACCUUCACUCUUGCUGGAGCUAGCUACCAAACAUGCCAUGAGGUCACGGGACACCCCUGCAGCCAGGCGGACCAGUGGUCCUUUGGAGGAGUCCAGUCAGUUUUUAUUGCUUCAGGCUCUUCAAACAUACUCUGAUGACAUCUUGUCUUCAGAAACAAGCGUCAAAAUCGAUCCCACCUCUGGCCCAAGGCUCAUAACUCGCAGAAAAAAUCCCUCUCACACACCAGGCUAUCGAGCGGAUGACCUUGAGCUGCCAGCUCUGGAUCCUGACUUAGAAAAUGAUGAUUUCUUUGUCAGAAAAACUGGGGCUUUCCAUGCAAAUCCAUGUGUUCUUCGAGCCUUCCAAGACCUUCGAAGGUUCUCUGAGCCAGACGAUGCUGUUGAGCGAGAUAUAAUUUUGCAGUGUCGGGAAGGCGAACUUGUACUUCCAGAUUUAGAAAAAGAUGAUAUGAUUGUUCGCCGGAUCCCAGCGCAGAAGAAAGAAGUGCCCCUGUCUGGGGCCCCUGAUAGAUAUCAGCCAGUCCCUUUCCCUGAACCCUGGACCCUACCUCCAGAAAUCCAAGCGAAAUUUCUGUGUGUGCUCGAAAGGACACGCCCACCCAAAGAUAAAAGCAGCGGCUGUAGAGUCUUAGCUCCUUCCUAUCGACAGAAGAGAGACGACAUGUUGGCUCGCAAGAUCCAGUCUUGGAAGCUGGGGACCGCUGUGCCUCCCAUCAGCUUCAAGCCUGGCCCCUGCAGCGAGGCCGACCUGCAGAAGUGGGAGGCCAUCCGGAAGGCCAGCAGACUUAGGCACAGGAAGCGGCUGAUGGUUGAGAGACUCUUUCAAAAGAUUUAUGGUGAGAAUGGGAGCAAGUCCAUGAGUGAUGUCAGCGCGGAGGAUGCUCAGAACCUGCGUCAGCUGCAGUACGAGGAGAUGCAGAAAAUAAAAUCCCAACUGAAAGAACAAGAUCAGAAGUGGCAGGAUGACCUUGCAAAAUGGAAAAGUCGUCGGAAGAGUUACACUUCAGAUCUGCAGAAGAAAAAGGAGGAGAGGGAAGAGAUUGAAAAGCAGGCACUCGAGAGGUCUGACCGAAGCUCCAAGACAUUUAGGGAAAUGCUGCAGGACAGGGAAUCUCGAAAUCAGAAUUCUACAAGGAGGAUGUAUUCCUCUGAUGACGCCCUGGAUGAAGUGCUCGCUCCUACAGUGACUCUCUCAGAAACCAGCUACCAGACUGAGAGACUGGAAGUCAAGGCAACAACUUAUCCUGCUGAGACACCCAAAGAAGAUUCCACAACUUUUGCAAAUAGACAGGACAGUAUAGCCGCUGAGAUUCAACUUCCUUCUCAUAUUCCUGAAGAGCAGCUGCCGGCCACUUUAUCUGCGGCCGAACCACACCAGGCCCCCUUGCCUUCUGCAGAACCACACCAGGCGUCCUUGCCUUCUGCAGAUCCACACCAGGCGUCCUUGCCUUCUGCAGAACAGCACCAGGCAUCCUUGCCUUCUGCAGAACAGCACCAGGCAUCCUUAUCUUCGGUAGCACAGCGUCCAGUCUCGCUCUCUUUACAGCAGUCGCUGAGUACAAGAGCAGAGUCGACUCGGAUUUCAGCUUCUCUCCCUAGAAGUUACCAGAAAGCCGAUACAGCCAGGUUAACAUCUGUGGUCACAGCGAGACCUUUUGGCACACAGUCAAGGGGAAUCUCAUCACUGCCCAGAUCCUACACGAUGGAUGCUGGCUGGAAGUACAAUGGAGAUGCUGAAGUUGUCAGGGGACCUCAACAGAAUUCGGUCAAAGCCAGUGCCCCGAAGCUUGACUCCACCCAGUUUGUUUGGGGCUCAUCCAGUGAAAGGGAGGCAGCCACAGGAGAAGAUGUGGCAAGCAUGUCCUCCCCCAUACCCACUUCUUCAUCUCCAUCCCAAGACCAGGUAGCUACUUCAAAAGCCACACUCUCUUCAACGUCUGGCCUGGAUUCAGUGUCUGACUCUGGAGAAGGGAGAAGCUCACCACUGAGGGAGCUUUCAAGGUCCCAGGAUCAGUUCAGCGACAUGAGAAUCAGCAUAAACCAGACGCCUGGGAACAAACCUGACUUUGGCUUUACAAUAAAAUGGGAUUUUCCUGGGAUCUUCGUAGCAUCAGUUGAAAAAGGUAGCCCAGCAGAAUUUUCUCAGCUGCAGGUAGAUGAUGAAAUUCUUGCCAUCAACAACACCAAGUUUUCAUAUAAGGAUACGAAAAAGUGGGAGGAAACCAUGGCAAAUGCCCAAGAAACUGGAAACUUGGUGAUGGAUGUCAGGCGCUAUGGAAAGUCUGACUGGGGCAGAGACCAACCUCCCCUGCCAUCUAUACGGCAUAAAACCCUCAAUCUUACCAGUGUGGCUACCAAAAUUAUAGGUUCACCUGAAACCAAGUGGACUGAUACGACUUCAGGGAUUUACAACACGGACAAGUCUUCAAGUCUGUCGGUAACAACUGAUUUCUCUGAAAGCCUUCAGAGUCCUUAUACUGAAUCCAAAGAAAUCAAUGGAAUUCAUGAGGAAAGCAACACCUUUGAUUCAAAAGCAUCAGAAUCCAUUUCUUUGAGAAAUUUAAAAAGGCGAUCACAGUUUUUUGAACAAGGGUCACCAGGCUUUUCUUACAGCUCAUGGGUCUACCUUUGUGGGAGCGCCGAUUCUGUGGCUCCCGAUCUUCCGGUUCCAACCCUCAAUGCCCCGAGUCGCUGGGCAUGGGAUCAAGAGGAGGAGAGGAAACGGCAGGAGAGGUGGCAGAAAGAACAGGACCGCCUACUUCAGGAAAAAUACCAGCGUGAGCAAGAGAAGCUGAGGGAAGAGUGGCGGAGGGCCCAGCAGGAGGCGGAGAGAGAGAAUUCCAAGUACUUGGAUGAGGAGCUGAUGGUUCUAAACUCCAACAGCAUUUCUCUGAGCACACGGGAGCCUGUGGCUUCCACCUGGGAACCCACUUGGAGUGAAGGGUCCAAGUCUUCGGACAGGGAAGGAACCCGAGCAGGAGAGGAGGAGAGGGGACAGCUGGAAGAGGAUGCUGUUUAUGAGGACCAACGUCGGAGGCUGCAGGAACAGCUCACACUUGAGCAGGAGAAGAAACGGAAGGAACAAGAAGCUCAGGAAGAAGAACUUCGGAAGCAGCGGGAGGUUGAGGCUCAGGCCCAGGCAGAGGCAGAAGCUAAGGCCCGCGCAGAGGCCCAGGCCCAGGCUGAGGCAGAAGCUAAGGCCCGUGCAGUGGCCCAGGCCCAGGCCGAGGCUCAAGCAGAAAGACGAGCUGAAACACAGAAGCACCAGGCAGAGAGGGAGAGAGAAACUUCGGUGAAGAUCUACCAGUACCGGAGGCCUAUUGAUUCCUAUGAUAUACCCAAGAGAGAAGAGGACUCUUCAGGGCUGCUUCCUAGUGACAGGAGUAAAUCAAGAUCCACUACGGAACUGAACAAUGCCCCCACAGAGAAGAAUGGAAGCAGCAAGUAUUCGGACCGAAUUGGGACUACUAGCUUUUCACAAAGGAGCUCCAAGAAGGAUCAGGCCCCCUCAGAAGCAGAGUUGGAGAGACAGCAAAUCCUUCAGGAAAUGAGGAAGAGAACAUCUCUCCAUAAUGACAACAGCUGGAUCCGACAGCGCAGUGCCAGUGUAAACAAAGAGCCCAUCUGCCUGCCUGGGAUCAUGAGAAGAGGGGAGUCUCUGGACAAUCUGGACUCCCAACGGCCCAGUUCUUGGAGGCAGUCCCCAUGGCACAACCAGCCUGCAGGGGUCUAUGCCUCCUCCUCUGUCCAAGACUUCAGCCGCCCACCUCCACAGCUGUUGUCCACAUCAAACCGUGCCUACAUGCGGAACCCAUCCUCUGCUGUACCGCCUCCAGCGGGCCCAGUGAAGGCCGUCAUCCCAGGCCCUGCCCCCCCAGGGUCUCCCACCCCACGAAGCCAUUCCCCUUCAAUGUCACAGUCAGGCUCUCAGCUCCGUAACAGGUCAGUGAGUGGGAAGCGUGUGUGCUCCUACUGUAAUAACAUUCUGGGCAAAGGAGCUGCUAUGAUCAUCGAGUCCCUGGGUCUUUGUUAUCAUUUACAUUGUUUUAAGUGUGUCUCCUGUGAAUGUGACCUCGGAGGCUCCUCCUCCUCCUCAGGAGCCGAAGUCAGAAUCCGAAACCACCAACUGUACUGCAAUGACUGCUAUCUCCGAUUCAAAUCUGGACGGCCAACCGCCAUGUGAUGUAAGCCUCCAUUCGAAAGCACUGUUGCAGAUAGAAGAGGAGGAGGCGGUGGCUGCUGAUGCAGAACUAUAAAUAUGUCUUGUAUGUCCCCCCCUUUUUUAAAAAAAAGAACAACCUUUGCCUCAUUAGAUGACAUAGGAACACUGUAGUGCUGGUAGGACCUGUAUUUUUGUUGUUUAUUUAUAAGGUAAUUAUGUGUGUGGGGAAGUGCCGUACUUGCCUUUUGAAUUCGGCAUCCUAAAAGCACAAGCAGAAAAGCCCCAAGAACUUAAAAAAAUACUUUGGAGACUGAUGAUGAUCUAGUUUGACCCUUUAGUGGUGUUUUGAAGAGGGUAUUUUAUUUUAUUUUUUUUAAGUUCUUAAACAUUAUUUGAAAUAGUUAAUAUAAAUAUGUAAUUGUGUUUACUGUUUACUGUAAUGUAUUCUAAGUUAAUGUGGAACCAUAUGAAAAAUUUCAUUUAAAUCCACCCAUAAAUUUGCUUUUUUGUGGUUUUCUUUACACAGAAAUAAUCCAACUGAAAAAUAAUUUUGCUUAUGUAAUAUUUUAUUUGCUUGAGGAGGGCAUUCUAUUUUCUUUACAAGGACUGUUGUUGCUAAGCAAAUAUCAGUAGAAAGCUGCUUAUUUUCAAUAAUAAAAAAUAACCAUGGUUUGUACACCAGGAAUUUUCUCCAGAAACUAGUGAGAUUUUCUGUUCAGUUGCCUUUGUAAAUAAAAUUGGUGAUGCAUUUAA